AUGUAUGAGAGAGAUAUUUUCACUUGGAAUUCAAUGAUUUCUGGGUAUGCGGGAGUCGGAGAUAUGGAGGCGGCUAGAGGAUUGUUUGAAAAAAUGCCAUCCAGAGAUGUUGUGUCUUGGAAUUGCAUGAUUGAUGGGUUUGCAAGGAUAAAAGAUGUUUCAAUGGCAGCUAAGUUUUUUGAUGAGAUGCCUUUGAGGAAUGUGGUUUCUUGGAAUGUUAUGCUGGCUCUUUAUCUAAGGUGCAAGAAGUAUAGUGAUUGCUUGAGAUUUUUUGACAUGAUGGUUGGAGGGGACUUUGUGCCUGAUGUAGCAUCUCUUGUAAGUGUCUUGACUUCAUGUGCGGAACUGAAAAUGCUUGAUCAAGGAAAAUGGGUUCAUUCUUAUAUGAAGGAUAAUGGGAUUAAGCCUGAUAUGUUACUCUCAACUGCUCUAUUAACCAUGUAUGCAAAAUGUGGGGCAAUGGAUUUGGCUAGAGAAGUGUUUGAUAAGAUGCCUGAAAAAAGUGUGGUGUCAUGGAAUUCUAUGAUCAUUGGAUACGGUAUGCAUGGACAUGGAGACAAAGCGCUAGAAAUGUUCAGGGAGAUGGAGAAGGGAGGUCCUAUGCCAAAUGAUGCUACUUUUAUGAGUGUUUUGUCUGCAUGCUCACAUUCAGGGAUGGUUUGGAAUGGUUGGUGGUACUUUGAUCUAAUGCAUAAAAAAUAUAAGAUUCAACCAAAGCCUGAACACUAUGGUUGUCUGGUUGAUCUCCUUGGCCAGGUAGGUUUGAAAGAACCAUCAGAAGAUCUCACAAGGAAGAUGCAUACAGAGGUAGAGCCUACUUUAUGGGGAGAUCUUCUUUCAGCUUGUAGGGCCCACUGUAUUUCAGAACCUGGAGAGAUCCUGGCCAAGCAACUGAUUAAGUUAUUUCCAAAUCAUGUUGUUCCAUAUUUGUUAUUAUCAAACACAUAUGCCGCUGGAGGGAGGUGGGAUGAUGUAGAAAAUUUGAGAAUGACUCUGAAGAAUAAGACUCUUAAUUCAAAAAUGGUUUUCACUUCAAGGAGGCACUCAAUGUUGAGUGAGGCGGCUGCUCAGAUCAAAUUGUCUAAUAUAGAUUCUAAUAGGACUUGA